UCUUGGUAGUAGCGGGAGGGAGGAGGGAGUGGACACAGGAAAGAGGGGAAAAGAAAAAACAGAAAAAAAAAUUGCAUGCCACGGUGUCUGAAUAUAUCCUCUGCUUGUAGAUGUUUCCAUCUGAGUUGCACUUUUGCCUUUUUAUUUCUGUUUUUGGACACCUCUUUUAUCAUCCAGCCAACUGGAAUAGACAAAGCACAGUUGGUGCCCUAAGCGACAGAACUCUGGUAGGGGGCUGGCUGUAAAUUGACGUGGCAUGGAAAUUCUCCGCUAAGUUGUAGCAGCUUGGAUGUUUCUCCUGAGAUCAAGCCCAGCCUCCCGGAGCUGUAGCUUAAUCAUGAUGGGCUCAACGACUGUUCAGAAAAAUGGAUAGAAAAAGUCUUCAGUUCCUUGCUUUGGACUCAGAUGUUUUCUUUUUGAGUAUCUAUGGUUUAGCUGAAAAAAUCAAAGCAGUUAAGUCUAUAACUUUCUUUUUGCAGCUUGAACAACAGAAUUUGCUGCUCUCCCUCCCCUGUCCUGCAAUUUAAUUCCUUACAGAUUUUGCCAUGGGGUGCGGACUUAGAAAGCUACAAGACCCUGAUGAUAGCAGCCCUGGAAAAAUAUUUUCUACUCUGAAGAGACCGCAAGUGGAAACAAAGACAGAAUUUGCUUACGAAUAUGUACUGCUGGAUUUUACUUUACAAGCUUCACCAAAUUCAGAAGUCAUCAAGAUAAAUUCAAUUCCAGACAUAGUGACAAAAGUGGAAGAUUACUAUCUUAAAGGAUAUAUAGUUGGGGCUAUUCAUCCUGUCAUACAACCUGUGCGGCAGAGAAAACACCUACCUGCAAGUUACCUGUACAGGGCAGUGCUAUCACGCUUGAAAUUAAGCCCGAAGCAUUCAUCAGCACCCAGUGGACAAAGACGCCCACGACUUGUGAUUGAGGAAUGUCCUCUAACUUAUGAAACACAAACAAAUGAUGUAGCAAAAGAACUGAUAGAAAAGAUUAAUGGAGCUUCUAAGAAAGGAAUGAGAUUCGUUGGGUUCAUAUCCCAGCAUUACCCACCAUUCUGCAAUGGAACCGACCCUGGUGGAGAUGCAGAAUCAACACCACACGAGCAACACUCCUCAGAUGAAAACUGGAAGAGCUGGACCGAGGGAGCAUUCAGCGGGCAAGCACCGGAAAGUGGGAUUGAGGAAGAAUUUCCUCAUGAGAGUGGACAGUGUCAAGUGGAACGAGAUGGCAGCCCCAGUUCCUCUAAAUCAAAAAAGGGAGAAGAUAACAAGCUCUAUAUAGCCUUCAAUGUUUUUGAUGAUGAGUCAACCUGCUGGACCUACCAGGAGGGCGUCCUGUCCGUGAAAGUAACGAGGAAAGGAUCUGUCAUUAGUACGCUCGACGCCGACUGGUUGGAGCUAACUACAUUUUAUUACAAGCAAGGCUUGUCUUUAAUUGACUCUUUUCUAUGCUGGGAAACAUCUAAAGGAGACCAUCUGCCUAAAUCUUUGGAAGGAUUCUUUAUCUAUGAAGAAGAAGGUUCUGGAGUUCCAGGUUCCAGUAGAAAAGGAAAUGAUGCCAUCGUGGUAGAACAAUGGACUGUUAUCGAGGGCUGUGAAAUCAGGACGGAUUACGGCCCCCUGCUGCACACGCUGGCCGAGUUUGGGUGGCUGCUGACCAACGUGCUGCCUACACCUAUACUGAGACACGACAGUGAAGGGAAUUUGGCUACAAAGCAGGUUGUGUUUCUUCAGAGACCAGUUAUAUGGAAUUCAGCGGCUCAAACACCAGAAAGGAAAGCCAGCCGGAAUAUAAAAGGCGAAGACAGGAACAAGGUCACCAGCAGGAGCAUUGGACUAGACACGGCUACGUCCCCACCUGCAGAGAACAGAAGCCCAGCUGCGGAGGGCCCGCUGUCCCCUCCGGGAGAGCACUGGCCGAAGGAGAAGAGGCCGGCACAGUGCAGCAGCUUCUCGGGGUUCAGCAGCAGUGACAGUGCCCUGCGGGAAUUCGAGGACGGACCCUUUGACCAGGAAGAUGGGGUGACUCAGGUCACGUGCAUGUGAGCCUCGCAGCAAAGCAACAGAAGGCCCUGUACGUGAUUAAAUAACUGCCAGCUGACGUGAUUGUAUUACUGUAUCUGCAUUUACGGAAUAGUUUGAAUUCUUCCAGGCUCAGGCUGACUUCUAAUCUCGGAAAACUUUGGCUCAACCUCCCAGACAAGGAAGAAUAACCAACACAUUUGUAAAUUUAGAAUCAUGUUUACACUGUUCCCAAAUAAAAACAUCUGUUUAAACAGAUGUUUCAUUAGGUUAUUAACUGAUAAUCUACUUCCUACAAUUCCCUAAGUAUCUCAACCAGUAUUUCACCUAAUUAGAAAGAUCUCAGGAACUUAGAGUUUUACAUAAACUGAAAAAUAAUGUCUCUCUCUCUCUCUCUCUGACUCUCAUUCACACACACACAAACACACACACACAUGCAGGGCUAAUAAUGAAAUCCCUAUUUCCUGAAUAUAACAAUAAAUCCAAAUUUUGUCUUUAACCAUGGAAUGUAUAAACAAAACAAACCCUAUUUGUUAAAAUAUUCUUUGAAAAAACAUCUUUUUGUUAUGUCCUUGCUUUCCAAAGGUCACCGUGUUACCAACCCUGUACUGACUCACGGACUGUAAGCUCUGUUGUUUAUAUCGGCCAGAGUAGGGAGAACAAAGCAGCUUUCCUUAUAUUCAAAGGACCCAGUCUCAAUAUUUAAAACCUUAGUUCACGGGAAGAAUUAAUUGUAUAUUGCAAAGGUAUGAAAAGGGAAAACAUCAACUUAGUGGAAACUGAAGUCCCAGUUCCAUCUGUGUAGGUUUGAGCUGUGCUCUCAUUUCGAUGGCUGCAUCGUGAGGGAGGUGGAAGUCUCCCAUCCUGGGGAGUGAGAGCACUGACCCGCCGUCCCACCUCGGCUUCUCGUGCGCUGCUACAGGGGCGCCUCUGCCUUGCCCUGUGUUUACCAGGUGAAGAUUAAAAUUCUACAAAAUAGAGGGUUUUCAUUGUUCUGUGAAAGUCUUACGUUGAAAUGUGGGAACCUUCAAAUGAAUUACAACUGACUUUGCCAUUUAUGAAUUCAACAUAUUAUAUAAUUUUAUUAGCAGUGGUGUUGACAUUAUAAGAUCAUCUGAAUAAUAAAAUGUCAUUUGUUACUGGGCUAUCAUUUUAUUAACACAAAUGUUUAUAUUUUAUACAUUUUAUGUAUUAUGUUUUAUCAAAUAUAUAGUAUAACUAACUAGGCCAAUCUCCAUGAAUUGUAGAUAAGGUUAACAUGAUAUUAUUCCAAUUGUACCAUGCAGAAGCAUUACCUUUAUAGGUGCAAAAAAAAUUUAAGGCCCUGGCUGGUGUGGCUCAGUGGAUGGAGUGCUGGCCUGUGAACCAAGGGGUCACCGGUUCAAUUCCCAGUCAGGGCACAUGCCUGGGUUGCAGGCCAGGUCCCCAGUGGUAGACACAGGAGAGGCAACCACAUAUUGAUGUUUCUCUCCCUCUUUCUCCCUUCCCUUCUCUCUAAAAAUAA